AAUAAAAUCAACUAAAAAAAAAUAUUUCUAAAAAAUAACAUUCAUAAAAAAGCUAAAAUGAUCCCUACACAAUAAACCGAAAACUAAUAGGUCGCUUUAUAAUAUGUUGUCUAACCUUAGCAAAUAACUAAUGAAUAUUAACAAUAGCUUUUAAAGAUCUAAAGUUAAUAACAGGCCUCUGUUUUAUCAAAAGUCUAAUUCGAUGUUCCUCAAAACUGGACUUAAGAAACCACUCACCUCAAAUUCACUGAAAGAGUCCUCUGCUAUGGUUAAUCCACUACAUUCAUCUAAACUUAAAACUUUGGAAGAAUUGAAUUUUACAGAGAAAAGGGCUGCAAACUUGCUUGCUUUGACACAAAGAGCUGCUGCUUAUGUUAUGAACACUCUGAAAUCCCUUACAUGUUCUAAAAUCUCCCUAGUGAAGGUUGUCCUAUUCAAAUCGAAAUGUGCUGCUAAAAGACCGCUAUGAUUAGAUACAAGGGAGUCAUCCUUGGUAAGGUUGAACGUCUUAUUUCUGGAAGUUGCGCAAGCUCUCCAAGAUUCAUUGUUAAGCACAUUGAUUAAACAAGAUCUCCUUUGGUUUUGAUACCUGUUGUUUCUUGCAUCAAUAGAAUUGACGCAAUAUUAAACUACGCCUGUAAGUACCCCAAAAAGAUUGAUGUAGUUAGAGAUGGCGUUCCUAUUACUUAGAUUGUCAAUUCUCAUGUAGCCAACGGUAUGUGCACUUUACCUUGGAAUGAACAAAAUGCCUUCUACGGAAAGGCCGACAUUUUAUUUGAACCAUCAAUGAAGGAUGAUGAAAAGAUCUUGAUGAUGUGCGGUUGGAUUGUCUAACAAGCUUACAUGUCUCGUCUUAUUUGA